AUGGACCAGAGGGAUCAGAGGAAAACAGAAUUUGCGGUUAUAUUUUUCGAUGGCUUGAAUCAGGGUUCCCGCCUUCGCCGCAUCUUGUCCGCGAAGCUGGGAAAUGUUGUACACAAGCGGAAAUGCGAACGUUUAUAUUCGUAUUUUAGGCCCCUUGCGCAGAAUUGGGGUCGCCGAUUUCUAGAGCUCCAUCCUCAUUUGAUGGCAACUUGGACCUCACAUUCUGAAAUUGUUAAGGGAACCAAGCAGCCCCAGCCUGAUCAAAUCUCUAGCUUUCUUGAUCUCUUCGAAAAGACCAGAAACCAGUAUGAGAUCCACCCCGACGAUAUCUGGAAUGCUGAUGAGAAGGGAUUCAUGCUUGAGAAUCGGACCGGCGCCCAGAAGUUCAUCCUUUCCCAAAAGUCUAUUCAACAUAAAGGCCGUAAAUUGCUUGCGCCGACCGAAGACUGGGUCUCAACGAUUGAGUGUUGCAAUACGACGGGCCAGGUACUUCCUCCUUAUGUCAUCCUCAAAGGGGAUGGGGUCAAAUCUUAUCGGCGCUUGAUCCCUGACAAGAAAACAUUUAUGAGAUAUCAAGAGAAAGGCAUCGUCGAUGAGAAAAAUCAAUUGAAGUGGUUGACUAGAGUGUUUAUACCACAAACAGCCGUGUCUCGAAAGACUCUAUCUAAACGUGGUAUAUCAUCGGGUCGAUACACGCGUUUGCUCCUGCUAGAUGGACACUCUUCUCCUAUCUCAUUUGAGUUUGUCCUCACCUGCUGGGAAAAUGAUAUCAUACCACUCUGCAUCCCUCCAUGCACCUCGCAUCUCCUUCAUCCACUAGAUGUCGGGGUGCUCCCGGAUUUCACCAAGAUCUACACCGGUGAAAUGCGGAAUAACUUACAUCCCCACCAGCUCAGGAUUAGCAGGGAAGUAUUCUUCCUGCUGUGGUGGCGUUCUCGGGAGGAGGCCAUGUACCCGGAGAACGUCAUCAUGGGCUGGCGGAAUUCGGGAACGUGGCCUGUCAGCAAGGGUGUCGUGUACAAACGGGCGGGCUUCGAUCUUCCGGAAGCCAGGGAUGUGCUUGAUCCUACGGAGUUGAAAGCUCCCACCAAUAAAGAGGAGUUCUAUACCCUGCUGGAUCAGAUGCUUUCCAGCCCGCCGGAAACCUCGACCCAGCUACGCGAAUUUUUGAUGGAUUGCUUUUAUCAGAGGAGUCGCAGUGUUGAAUUACUCCAAGAGAAUUUAAGCAAUCACUACGAUGUACAAGUAGACAUCGAGCGUGACCUCCCGGAAACAGACGCAGAGGUUACGAAGCGACGCGCCGAAGAUGAUCCAGCUGCACGGACAGCAUCCGGCGAAAGUUCAUCGUUCAAACGUCAGAACAUGAACUCAACUCCUAAUCCUGAGCCGAUUCAAUUAAGCAGUCAGCCGAUACAACCUCCCAAUGCAUCGCUCAAUGCAGGGCCCCAGCCAGAAUGGCACUCUAUCAGGAACUCAUAUGGCUGCAUUGGAGGUGUUUUACCUCAAGCAGGGCCAAGCAUUCAUCCGACAGGACCGUCCUCUGGUACCUCGCAGUAUCCUGGCAAUCUAUGGCAAUACGAAAGCUAG